AUGUCUAAUGCAAGCAUCUCAGAUGCCAUUCCUGAUUGGUUUGAGAGUAUUUAUUGUGGCAUUAUACACUUGGAUCUUUCCAACAACCAGAUCAAAGGAAAGGUGUCAAUAUUUCAAAAAUGCAAAUAUAGAUAUAGUGCUCAUGAUAAAUGGUUACUAUUGAGUUCUAACAGAUUUGAGGGCCCACUAACACCGCUUCCUUUAGAUGUUUAUUCCUUGGAUCUUUUCAACAACUUGCUUUUAGGACCUAUUACUGCAAAGGAUAUAAAUAUUAUUGAUUUCUCAAACAAUCAGUUAUCAGGAAAAAUUCCUCCUUGCUUGGGGCAAUUGGAUCAGUUGUCGGUGCUAGAUUUGACGAAUAAUAGUCUAUAUGGUGAAAUUCCAAGUUCAUUGGGUGAAAAUGUGUUCACUGAUAAUAUCCCUCCAUGGAUUGGAUAUAACCUAACUAAUCUUAAUUUUCUCAAUCUUCAAUCAAAUAAUUUCUAUAGUGAUAUUCCUCCACAACUCUGUCAUCUCCGAAAUUUGCAAUUGUUGAACUUGGCACAAAAUAACAUAACGAGAAAUAUCCCUCGUUGUUUUGGCAACUUCACUGCCAUGGUUGCACUAGAUCGUGGGUUCAUUUUCGGUCGAAUUCUCUAUUAUCAGACUAGAGGAAUUUAUGAAGAGAAUAUUUUGGAUUCAAUGAAAGGAAGAGAACUAGAAUACACCAAGACACUCAAAUUUCUCGUCUCCAUGGACCUUUCGAACAAUGGCAUUGCUGGAGAGAUUCCGGAAGAGUUAAUGGAUCUUUUUGGGUUGCUCAACUUGAAUUUAUCUGGAAAUCAUCUAAAAGGUAGGAUCCCUAAUAAUAUUGGCAAUUUGACACAAUUGGAAUCUCUUGAUUUGUCUCGAAACAAACUUUCUGGGCCCAUUCCUCAAAGUCUGUCUAGUUUAAGCUACCUAAGUCAUUUGAACAUGUCAUUCAAUAAUUUAUCAGGGCAAAUACCAACGGGAAAUCAACUUCAAACUCUCGACGAUCCUUCCAUUUAUAUAGGCAACGAUGAUAGCCUUUGUGGAACACCACUAAAUAGCUACCUCGAUGAUAAAUCAUCUAAUGGUGAUCACAAACAUGCUGAUGAGAGUAAAGUUGCAGAUGAAACUGAUUUUUUGUGGUUCUAUUCUACACUGGCAUUGGACCUGGUUUCUUGGUUGGGUUCUUGGGGGUCUGUGGCACUUUGA